AUUAGUAAAGUAAGGGCUCUGGGCUCUUUAGGGUCUGGGAAGAUGAGAAGGAGGCAGCCAAGGGCUUUGGGAAGUCUUCGCAACCCGUUUCCUCCCCAGGCUUCCCCACUGUAUGUUUUUCCCACCAGUGUUCACCUCAUCCCUUCUCAGCAGACCAUCUUUCAUCCUGCUGUUCAAGUCAACCCUCUUUCUGUUUUCUACCCUACCACAUUCCCUUCUCUGAGGAACACUUCCUACUUCCCCACUUUCAUGAUGGCCAUGCCCAGCUCCUCCUGUCUAUCCAAAAUUUCCUCCAACUGCCCUGUUCUCUCUGCAUCCCCUUCACAUUUGUCUACCCUCAUGACUACCUCUCCCAAGAAAGCACCGAUGGAUAGAUACCUCCUUUCUGUUUCGCGUCUGAGGCCUUCAGCCAGCCAGGCCAACCAGAGGAACCUGAAAUGCUAAGACUACAAGAUUCUCAAGUAACUCCAAGACCCAAAGUUACAACACUGUCUACAAAACCUAAAAUAUGACAUCUAGGACAAGAUGAUUAUUAGAGAGGUAGCAUACUUACAUGUAGCCAUCCUGUGUAUUGAAUAUAAACAAUGUGGGCACCAUUCACAGAAAUAAAUGUUUCACUUGUAAAU